AUGACGUUACGCAGAACGGAAGGUAGAGAGGUGGAAGAGGCAAGGGAUUCUAGCAAGCAGCGGGAGGUGGAGCUGAGGGGCCACAGUGAGAGCGUGGACAACCUGUGCUGGGACCCUCUCCACCCUGACCUCCUCGCGUCUGCUUCGCAAGACAAGUCCGUGCGCAUCUGGGACACACGAUCUGGCAGGUGUCAGCAGAGUGUGACUCUAAAGGGCGAGAACAUCAACGUCACGUACAAGCCCGAUGGCACGCACAUCGCCGUGGGCAACAGCGCGGACGAGUUGACCAUUCUGGACGUCAGAAAGCUCAAGCCCAUCCACAAGCGCAAGUUCACAUAUGAGCUAAACGAGUUUGCAUGGGAUCGAACAGGGUCCAUCUUCCUUGUCACAACUGGCACAGGCGCAGUGGAGGUUUUGGGUUACCCCUCCCUGCAGACACUAGACACCCUGCAGGCGCACACAGCAGGGGUGUAUUCUCUGGCCAUUGACCCCCUUGGCAGGUACUUUGCAGCGGGCAGUGCAGAUGCAUUGGUCAGCCUGUGGGACAUGCAGCACAUGCUGUGUGUGCGCACCUUCACACGCCUUGAAUGGCCGGUGCGCACUGUGAGCUUCAGUCACGAUGGGCGGUACCUCGCGUCCGCUAGUGAAGACCUUUUUGUUGACAUUGCGGAGGUGGAGACGGGGCGGUCGGUGCAUCAGAUCCCAUCCUGGGCGGCGAUGAACAGUGUCGAGUGGAACCCCAAGCACCUGCUGCUCGCAUAUGCCUCUGACGACGACGGCAAGCACUCGUCCCCGGGUGUCUUCCGUGUCUUUGGGUUUGAUUCGCCUUAA